AGAGUGUGCGACUUCCGAUGUUGAUGACUAAAGUCAAGCCACCUGACAGUCACGAAUUUUCUAAAUGCUUAUCAACUAGCUAUAUUUGCAGACUUAUUUUUAAAAGAUGAGUUCUUCACAUCACAAGAGCACAAGGGGUCAGGAGGAGACAGAGAAACUGAAGAGUAACUUAGAGGAACAGCUGGAUCGACUUGUUCAGCAACUGGCAGAUUUAGAGGAGGCCAAAGAGGACCUGGAUGCAGAGGAAUAUGAAGAAACAAAACAAGAAACAAUGGAUCAGUUGACAGAGUUUAAGGAAUCGCUGGACAAUAUGGUGGGCGGUAACCUCAGUCUGGUGGAUCAACUCAGUGGAAUGCAGUUAGCCAUUCAAGCAGCCAUCAGUAAAGCAUUCAAAACCCCCGAGGUCAUCAGAAUGUUUGCCAAGAAGCAACCUGGGCAGCUGAGACAAAGACUCGCUGAGAUAAGAAGAGAUGAGAAGGUAGGAAAAUUGUUGAGUGAUGUUGCCACUCAGCAAUCUGUAGAAAUUUUAACUGCCCUGAAGAAGCUGGGAGAAAGUCUGACACCAGAGGAGGAGGCUUACCUACAGAACAACUCCAGUGCCAGCCUCAAACAGUUCGAACAAGUCUCAGGGGACUUAGCCUCUGGUGAUAAAGUAUUAGCAGUAGCUAGCUCUCAGGUGAAGCAAGCAUCCAAGUAAUUCCUCAGCAAAACAAAUACUGCUCACUUCCAUUGUGUCACAUGACAGGCCACCAUUAUGUCAUAAGAAAAGCUGCCAUAUUGUCACAUGACACUCCAUCAUUGUGUCACAUGACUAGCCAUCCUCAUCAGUCCCCAUGGUAUAGGACAGUCUCCUCUGUUCAGCCUUACUAGACUUUUUAUGUAUCAACAGGUGAUUCUCUUGACAUACAUUUUGUGUGUAACAAUGAUACCCCAUUAUUCCCCUCCCAUACCCCAAACCAAUCAGAAAAUAAUGAUUCAAAUGAAAGAUGAUUUUUCCAUAUCAAUAAAGCCAAAAAACAUAAUCA